GAGAGAAAUACAGAGAAUUUCCUCCCAAACAAUUCUUUCAUGGUAUCAGAGCCAAAACCCUAGAUAUUUUCAGCGACUACUGUUCACGAUCGCCCGGCAUGGCGUCCAUCGAUCGUUGCUCAGUUUCAGUCGUUUGUUGUUGUUGCCGGACAACGGAACGGUCGACCGUUGCUCUUGAACGGUCGAGCACGUCGACCGUCUCGUCGGCAGAUUGUGUGAUAGAUGCUGCUGUUGAUUCUUCCGCCACCGCCGUACGCCACUCUGCUACCGCCAUGGCCGAUGAACAACCAAGGAAGAUGUUUUUCUCCCUAUCAUCGUGUGUUUCUAGUAUGAAGCUUUCAGGUGCAUCUAUUGAUACAGGAAGUACAAAUGAGGUUAGCUCUUAUGAUGAAGAUGAAGAAAUGCGGACGGAAGAGCAGAUGGACCGUUCCAGGAGGGAUGGUGGACCAGAGGAAAGCGGUGGAGCAGACAGGCUACAGACGGUCGACCUGAUGGACCGUUCGGAUGUCCACGGUCGACCGUCCGAGAGGCAGAAUGACGGGUUCCUGAGAGAUGACCAAACGGUCGACCUGGUGGACCGUUCUGAUAUCCACGGUCGACCGUCCGCGAGGCAGAAUGACGUUUCUUUGGGAGAUGAUCAAACGGUCGACCGUGAAGUGGAAGACGGUCGACCGUCUCCGAGGCAGAAAGUUAGCGAUCCGGAACAGCUUCAGACGGUCGACCUCGUGGACCGUUCCACGGACGGCGGUCGACCGUCCUCUUCCCAGCAGGCGGUGGAGAACUUGGGACGUGGUCAACCCCACCGGAAGGAAAGGGCGAUUCAGCCCAAUUUGCAUCUCAUACGGAUUUUGAUUUCGUUCCAUUAUCAUCUCAACUCCCAAACCAGCAAUGGUUAUACACUCGCAUUCAUGAAACCUUCCCCAUUCUCCACCUUCUCACGCAUUCAUCCUCGAUUCUUCUCUGCUAUUCUCUCUCCACCGCCGCCACCCCACCGCAGAAGGCUGCACGCCGACGCCGCCGGCGCAAGCAACGCACCGGACACACUUCGCUACCUGGAGUCAUUCCGCGGCCUAAUCGAUUCCCUUUCGAAGAACCCUAGGAACUACAAAGCCCUAACCGCCCUGGACUCCUUCUUGGCCCAGACCCACAUCUUCACCCCGGCAAUUUCAGCCAUCGCCAUUGAUUUUCUAUCACAAAUCAAGAAACUUCAGCGGGCGAAGGCUAUUGUAAUCAAUCUCAAUCGCCAAGGGCAGGUUUCUGAUCACUUCUCGUAUGGCUUAGUGUUUGAUUUUUUAGUCAAAGAUGGGAACUUUGAUGCUGUGGAGAUGGUGUGGGCCGAGAUUUGUGGGCCGGGGAUCAGAAUUUGUGCUUCUGAUUAUGUGAUGCAUGUCAGCAGAUAUGGCAGUGCAGAUGAAGUUAAGAGAGUUUGUCAUAGGGUUUUAAUGGGUGGGAGUGGGAGGGUAGUUUGGGAAAGGCAAAGUCUUGUUUCCUUGAUUGGGGCUUUGUGCAAUGUCAAUGAGUGUGGUUUAGCUGAAGAGGUUUGCGUUGAAAUGCAUAACAGAGGGAUUCCAGUGGAUGAUUUGAGCUAUUUUGUGAUAUUUCAGUGCUUUUGUAGAAAUGGGGCUGUUAUUGAAGCUGACAAUAUUUUGAGAAAAUUGUGGGAAAGUAAUUUCCUUUUCGAUAUAUGCAUUUACGGAAACUUCCUACACGCGCUGUGUAAAUCCGGUAAAUUGAGAGAGGCGAAGAAACUCUUCUGCAAACUGAUAAAAUACGAUAAUGGUGGUUUGGAGGUGUCCAAAAAGGCUGUCAAGGGAGGGAGAAGGGCUAUAUUCCAAAUGAGUUGUGAGGUUCCCGUGAUUAUGGCAUAUGAAGCUUAUUUCAGAUCCUUGUGCAGUGCAGGAAGGAUAAAUGAGGCAGAGAAUCUACUGAAAGAAAUGAUGAAGAAAAGAAACGUGAUUGAAGUUUGCGUUUAUGGCUCCUUCAUCACAGCUCUUUUUCGGGCAGGGAGAGCAGAAGAUGCAUUGAAGUUCUUUGAAGUGGAGAGUAAGAAAAAAAGAACAAUAAUGAGGGAAGAUAUGAGUAGGUAUGUGAUAAAAGGGUUGUGUGAAGAUCGUAGAGUCGAUGAAGCAUUAGAGCUUUUAAGGGAUAUGAAUAGAGGUGGUAAGAUGACAACCGACUUUUCUACUUCACUUAAUCACAUUCUUGAAAGUUAUUGGAAAGAAGGAAGGGUCGAUGAGGCAGAGAGAUUGUUUUAUGGAUUGCAGUGUGGCUCCAGUUUUGUGGUUUAUGAUGUGUCUAAUCAUUAUAAGACAAUGAUCAAUGGUUAUUGUGUCCAAGGUGAUGUUUCGAAGGCACUCGGCUUAGUGAAGGAAAUGGUUAGCAGAAAGAUGUCCGUGAAACCGACAUUGUAUUCUAUGGUCAUUAGAGGAUUGUGUGAUUGUGGAAGACUGGAUGAAGGGCUGAGAUGUUUUGAUGCAAUGAUUGGAAAUGGAAAUGCUGUUUCUGCCACUAGUUGGAAAGAACUUCUGCAUCCAUUGCUGUGAAUUUUUCUAUUUUAUUUCAAGCGCGCUGACACACACACACAUUCUUGUCAAGUAAUGAAUUCUAACACUUGAGUUGCAUAUAUUUCUACAUUUCUGUCGAAUCCGUUAAUUCUACUAGAAAGGGUUUUAUUCCAUAAUAAACACAAUAAUUUCUAGAGAAAAAA